AGAAAAAAAGAGUUCUGUUAAAGAAAAAGAGUAGUAUGGGAAAGAUGGGAAUAUCCAGGGGAAAAUCUCCUCUUCAACUCUUUGCUUGCUCUUCUUCUGUGUUAGCAAUUGCAAUCUGCUUAUUUGUCACCACUGAGAUGGCAUCAGCAUGGAUUAAUAAAUGUCUUCCUGGCGAUUUAUUCAUCGACUCCAACCAGAUAGUCAGCCCGGCGAGUUGCGACAGUGGUUACUGUACAAAUUGGUGUCAAAACCUAUGUUCCGGAAUGGGAACUUUCGCCUCCCAAGAUAGGUGCCGUAUAACCCAAGGUGUCACUUCUUGUAAGUGUUGUUGUAAAAGACCAGGAGUAUAUCUUCCUCCAGAUGAUUCUGAUUGGGGAGGUCUUGGCCCAGGUCAAAAUAACAAUUGUUCCAGUGCACAAACAUUUCUAACGUUUAGACGCUCAGAUGGUAACGAUUGCAUGAGGCAAUCUAUAUGUGAUAGUGAAUGCAACAAGUUAGGACUUUUAUCUCAGAGGACAGAGUGCGUAGCAAAUAGUAAUGAUGUUCCUAAUAAUGUGUACAUCUGGUGGGAGCAGUGUUGUUGUGGAACAAACCCUCCACCUCCUCCUUCCUGUCUGUCGCCUCCCCCACCAUCUCCACCUCCACCUUCUCCUUCACCACCACCACCAUCGCCAUCACCUCCACCUCCAUGUCCACCACCGCCUCACACAGGAAUAGGGAUCGGGGGUGGAAUCAAGAUUCCAAUCCCACCACUUUUGGGAUAAUAUUAGUAAGAGGUGUAUCUAGAGGGGUGUGUAUUCAACCUAAGAGAAUAUUUAUGAAAGUAUGCGGGAAUAUCCUCGUAGUUGAGACAACGAUAUAGUCAUGUCAAUCAUCACCACCUGCAUCAGCAUGAACGGAAGAUCAGUAAUAUCACUGGAAGCUGUUUGCUCCGUUAUAGUUAGCUGCAACUAUAAAGGGAAAAGCAUCAACAAGAAUCAAAUAAGCAGCAUUUAUUAGGUAAUUUGUGUUUUUAUUUUUUAUUUUUCCUUGUUGUGCUUAUUUCUAUCCAAAUUAUUGUUGAUUCUAUUUCAGU